AUGGCUCAUCAACAUCAGCACCACCGCUUUGACGACGCAGCUUCCGUAUCGAGUUACUCAUCCGGGAGCUCCUCCCGGUCGUCCUCCAGAUCAUCCUCCAGCUCGGGCGGUUCCAAAAAGUCCAGAUCGUCCCAGACAUCCCACUCCAACAUCAAGAGCGACCACUGGACCGUCUCCUUUAUGAAGUGGACGACGGGCGCUCCCCCCGGAAAGCAAUUGGCCCUACGAAAGACUAAAGUCUGCGACUACGAAGAGGACUGGGACUACGACGACGGCGGCGGCAGCGUGUACAGCGACGCGUCGUAUAUCUCCUACGCCUGGGUUAGCCCCAAAUGGGACGACAGCAUCUCCGAGAUCGCGUCCCGCUCUAGUAGCCGAUCGAGCGGUCGGCUCCGGAGGGAGCAGCGGGGUUCGGGCGGAGGCCGGCAUCGGUUCCCGGUGCCGCCCGUGUCGUAUCAGCCUCCUCCCCCUCCCCCUCCUCCGUUCAACCACCCGCCGCCUCCGCCUCCACCCGGUAUGGCUCCCGGACCUGGGUUCCCCAUGUACGAUGAUGAGCCUGCCUUUUUCGAUGUAGAUCCUGGGUAUCACCAGCCUCCUCCCGCGGCAGCUUUCGGCGGCGGCGGUGAUCCCGGUUUUGUGGAUCUCAGUGCCGGAGGCGGUGGUGGUGGUGGUUCUCACUUCCCUGGCAACCCUGGCAAGUACGAUGAUUGGGAAGAUUGA